AUGAAAGAAAGCAACGCAGAUGUUGAUACGCGGAACGUUGUUAAAAACCGAGAGCUACUGUAUCGGAUGAUAAUAAGUCAACUAUAUUAUGAUGGGUUCCAAGCUAUAGGGACAACUUUAUCUGCGGCAGUUCAUGCUGAUCCCCCAUGUCCACCAAGUGAUAGAUUGUUAAACCUAAUGAUGGUCGGACUACAACAUGAACCGGACAGGAAGGAUAGACUAGCAGCGUCCAGUGGUGCUGAGCAUCUGCUGGGAACUACAGGAUUUGAUUUGGAGUAUGAGAUGGAUGCAUCCUCGCUGGCCCCCGAGCCUGCCACUUAUGAGACUGCCUAUGUGACGUCACACAAGAUGGCGUGUCGGGCAGGUGCUUUUAGCGCCUGUGGUCAGCUAGUUGCAACAGGCAGUGUGGAUGCUAGUAUCAAGAUUCUGGAUGUGGAAAGGAUGUUGGCGAAAUCCGCACCCGAGGAAGUUGACCCCGGCAGGGAGCAACAGGGGCAUCCGGUUAUCAGGACAUUGUACGACCACACGGACGAGAUCACCGCCCUGGACUUCCACCCGCGCGAGCAGAUCCUCGUCUCCGCCUCCAGGGACUGCUGCAUCAAACUCUUCGACAUCACCAAGGCGUCAGCGAAGAAGGCGUACAAGUCGAUAACGGACGCCGAGCAGGUACUGUGCGUCGCCUUCCACCCGCUGGGCGACCACAUCAUCGCCUCCACCACCCAGCCGGUGAUCAGGCUGUACGACGUCACCACCAGCCAGUGCUUCGUGUGCCCAGUCCUGACCCACCACCACAAGAAGCAGGUCAACUCCAUCAAGUUCUCGCCGAACGGCAAGUACUUCGCGAGCGGCGGCGCGGACGGCAGCGUGAAGCUGUGGGAUACGGUGUCCAACCGCUGCUUCAACACAUUCCUGAGCGCGCACGACGGCGCUGAGGUCUGCUCGGUCGCCUUCACCAGGAACAGCAAGUAUCUCCUGACCUCGGGGCUGGACUCCUCGAUAAAGCUGUGGGAACUGGCCAGCAGCAGAUGCCUCAUACAGUACACGGGCGCUGGGACCACAGGCAAGCAGGAGCACCACGCGCAGGCGAUCCUGAACCACACAGAAGACUACGUGAUGUUCCCCGACGAGGCGACCACCUCGCUUUGCACCUGGCACUCGAGGAGUGCGAGCCGAUGCCAGCUAAUGUCCCUCGGCCACAACGGGGCGGUGAGAUACAUCGUGCACUCUGGUACGGCGCCGGCAUUUCUGACUUGCAGCGAUGACUAUCGAGCGAGAUUCUGGUACAGGCGAAACACGCAC